UGUGUGUGUGUGUGUGUGUGUGUGUGUGUGUGUGUGUAUACGGAAGGACGUCGUCGCUGUGACCGGGCGUGGAGCAGCAGACCGGAUCCCCUCUGAUCAGAGCUAGGAUAGCCUCAGUCCAAGGCACUGCAACCAAACCGAAAAGGCCAUGCAGCUGAAGGGGCUGUCCCACUGUAAGGGGGCGCUGGCCUUCGCCCUCCUCAUGGACCUCCUGGGGGGGGCGUCCCUGCUGCUCGGGGUCUUCGCCCCGCUGGAGCUCAACGGACAGGACUUCGGAGACCUGCUGGUGUACACAGGGGCCCUCCUGGUGGUGCUCUCCCUGGGGGGCUGGGUCCUCUGGUACUCUGGGAACAUCGAGGGCCUUCCCUCCAGGAAGGAGCUGGGCCACAUCGGCUCGGCCGUGGACCGCCUGGCCCGCAACCUCAGCCGGAGGAUCCACACCUUCAGGAGCCGCCACCCCUGACCCCUGACCCCUGACCCACCGGGACCUGGGCCGUCAGAUCCAGAGACCAGCUGAGCGAUCUCCGACCCAGCGGUUCAGCGUCGAUACGAUGUGUUGAUACAUGUCCUCUCCUCUGCUCCUGUUACUGUGACACACAGACGACUGAAGCCCAUGUCCUGUGCAUUUCUGACCCGUUUUAAAGCAGGGUUUGUUCAUUGUAGACUUAAUAUUGUGUUGUGUUUGGCCCCAUGCAUCUUUAAUAAAUGUUGAAAUCUGA